AUGCUUACUGAAGAAUGCAGAGCAUUAAUCCAGAAAGGACUCCCCCCUAAACUUGAAGAUCCUGGAAGUUUCUUUCUACCUUGUGCCAUUGGUAUUAUGACCAUCAACAAGGCAAUGUGUGACUUAGGGGCUAGUAUUAAUCUGAUGCCUUCCUCUCUAGUGAAAAAGCUGUGCAUAGAAGAAGUGAAACCAGUACAGAUGUCUUUAGAACUGGUGGACAAGUCUGUGAUAUGUCACAGGGGUGUGAUUGAGAACCUUCUAGUAAAGGUAGACAAAUUCAUAUUCCCUGCUGAUUUUGUGGUUUUAGAUUCAGAUGAGGAUGAAGGUGAUUCUAUUAUACUGGGGAGACCAUUCUUGGCCACUGCUAGGGCCAUUAUAGAUGUAGAGCAAGGAGAGUUAACCCUCAGAAUGCAUGAUGAAAGCAUCACCCUGAAUGUAUUUCCAGGAACACAGCUCAUUGAUGAAAAGAAAGACUGCAUAGAAACUAACAAGGAAAAUUUGCAAUGGAAGGAAGGAAUCAACAAGACGAUCAGUAGUUACAUUCCAAAGCAAGAAAUAGAUAAUACAAUAGGGCAAAAAGAGAAAGAGACUGUGCAGAGUGAUGAAGAAAUUCAAGAAAAUAUUGAAGUGUUAGCAACUAAGAAGAAAAAUUCCAAAGUGAAGCCUACUACAUACUUGAAAGAUGCAUACAUUGUUUGA